AUGAUAGUUGGCGGGCAAUGGCUGGCCUCCUUGACGGUCUACGGGUCGACCUUUCGGUCUGAUGCAGAUGCAUGGCGAGUCCCACUAAUCUGUCAGAUCAUUCCACCAGGUAUUGUCUUCUUAGCGGCAGGGACAAUUCUCCCCGAGUCGCCAACCUGGUUCCUCAUAAAGGACCGUCGUGACGAAGCCCGAAAGGCGUUUCAACGAUUUAACGGUCUGCAUUUCGACGGCGGACCCGCCCUUGAUCACACCUUGGCAGCCAUUGUGGUCGAGAAGGAGAAUGCAAGUGGAAAUCACUCUUGGAUCGAGUGCUUCCAGCAGCCCAAUCUACGAAGGACAACAAUCGUUGUCAUGACCUACCUGGCGCAGCAGCUGAUUGGAGUCAACUUCAUUGCUGGCUAUCUCGCCUACUACUAUGCGCUGGCGGGAGUGAAUCACCCUGUUGCCAUUGCUCAGCAAUCAUAUGCAAUCCAGGUCAUUGGCAAUAUGUGCUCAUGGGCCUUGAUUGAGCGUGUUGGCCGGCGCCGACUCAUGGUGGGCGGCUGCCUCAUGAUGACAACCAUGUUACCCGUCAUCGGUGGCAUCAGCAUCCUGAAUACUCCCACCGCACUCAAAGUCACCGUGGCACUCAUGACUGUUUGGGGCUUCCUGUACCAAGCGACUCUGGGCGCAUGUGCAUACGCUAUUGGAGGUGAAAUCCCAAGCCCUGCUCUGCGCCAGAAGACCUACGCCCUCAACAUGGUGACCACGACAAUAUCAUCCACGGUGGUGUACCAACUCAUGCCGAUCCUGAUUAACUCAGAGAAAGCUAAUCUGGGUGGGAAAAUUGUGUUUGUUUUCUUUGCUCCCUCUGUCCCCCUGUGCUUCUAUCUGUUUUUCUGCCUCCCAGAGACUAGGGGCCGCAGCUUUGCCGAGCUGGAGGAGAUGUUCCAAGCCCGUGUUCCAUCUCGCAAGUUCAAAUCAUAUCAGACCUCGCUCACGCCGGCUGCGGUAUUAGCAGGCAAACUCCAGGGCGAUAUCGGUACUGCGUGA